AUGGGCCGUGACUGGCUGUUCACGGAGUGGCAAAUUGCUAACGCGCCGUCCCGGAGAGACGGGGUGAGGAUGGCCGAGGAGGAGAGGCUGCGCAGAGAGGGCAUCAAACUUAUUGUCGAGAUUGGCAGUGGCCUGAAGCUACAGCCGUAUCCAACGCUGGCAACAGCAGCUGUGUAUUUCCAUCGUUUCUAUAUGUUCCACUCCUUUCGACAGUUCCAGAAGCAUUUGACCGCUCUGGGAUGUUUGUUUUUGGCCGGAAAAGUCGAAGAGACGCCGAAGAAGUGUAAGGAUAUUGUAAUGAUUGCGAGAGAGAAAUACCCGGAGCUGUACAGCACAAGAAAUACAAUGGAAGAAAUUAUGGGAAUUGAGCGAGUUUUACUGCAAACAAUAAAAUUCGAUCUCCACGUUGAUCAUCCUUAUUCAUUCCUCUUGCAGUAUCAGAAGGUUUUCAAGUUGGGUCGCGAGCAGAAGCAGGCUGUGUUGCAGAACGCAUGGACUUUUGUGAAUGAUUCAAUAUCGACAACGUUGUGUUUGAUGUGGGAACCUGAGGUGAUUGCUGUUUCACUGAUUUAUAUGGCUUUAAAAAUGACAAAGUUGGACAAGUGCGACUGGUAUGAUCGGCGUCCGGGCGAGCAGUGGUGGGACCAGUUCAUUGCAAAUUUAACCUGCGACAUGAUGGAAGAUGUUUGCCACAAAGUGCUUGACUAUUACUCGAUCACGCGCGCAGAAAGCCAGUGA